CAAACGAAAUAUAAAACAAACAAAAAAGAACUAGGACGAACGAACAAAAAAUUAAUUAAUAAAAUCUAAAAUCCUCAUCAAACAGAAACAAAAUUGCUGAUCCAUUUAAAAAUAAAAAGGUUGCGCUACGUUGUAGUGUUGCGAGUACGUACUUGUAUCUAGUGAUUGUACUUCAUGAACAAAAUGAAAUGUAAACUUAAUCAUCAAAGUUCAAGAAAAUGUAGAACCAUUUUUAGGUUAUGGAUUGAUUCAGGUAUUAUACCACCAUCGCUUAAUUAUGUUUGAUUCGUUUAUAAAACAUACCUAUCUAACUAAUGAUGAAUCGACCUGUAGAACCAAAUAAAGAAGACUGUUGCAAUAGUGGAUGUAAUCCAUGUAUAUUCGACGUUUAUGAAAAACAAUUGUUAUUGUUUAAGAAAUAUCAAGAAGGUGACAAUAUUUCAGAAUCACUUUUGGUCAAUGCUAUAUCUCAAUUAAAUUAUACUCAGUUUAAGCUUGUGGAUAAUACUGAAUUAUGCGAAGCUCACAAACGCCUUAGUUUUAAACUAUCAUCGCCCGAAAAUAAUUUUAAGGUUGUAUGGAAACCUGGGGACCACUUUCUUUUUAAAUAUACAGAAGAAGAAAAUCCUUCAUGUACUCGAGCUUUCACUCCUCUAAAAGAAAAAAAUAAUACUGAAAUAGAUUUUUUUAUUAUAGUUAAAAGGUAUGACAAAGGAGUGGUUUCAAAUUAUCUCUACAAUUUAAAACCAGGACAAGAAACUCUAUGGCGUGGUCCAUACGGUGCCUAUGAGAUCAUACAAAAUAAGUUUAACAGAAUUUUUAUGAUAGCUCAAGGUACUGGUAUAACACCAUUUAUGUCUAUCAUAGAAAAUAUUAUAGAAAACGAAGAUGAUAUGACCAAACUCAUUUUAUUAUAUUGUUGUCACAACGUUAAUUCAAUUCCAUUGAGAAAUGAAUUGUAUUCCAUGAAAUGCUAUUGGAAUUUUAGUUAUACGAUUUUCUUGGGUGAAAGUAAUUAUAAUGAAAUUUACAAGUACCAAGAACCUAUAAUAAAUCAUAAAUUGAGGCCAGAUGACUUUCUUCAAUUUGUUCCUUUUAGUGAGAAUGAUCAGUUUCUCUUGUGUGGAUCCACAAAUUUUAUGGACUAUUAUAAGUUGUGGUUAAAAACUCAAGAAGUGAAUAAUGUGUUUAUAUUUUGACUUUUUACGUUUCAUUUAUUUAUUAUUGUACUAUGAACAACUCACAAUCUCGUCAAGCUGCCCUCCCUUGCCCCCCUGGGCACGCACAUGAGAGAAGAAAACACCAUAAUGUGAAUCAAAGAACAAUAUCGAUUGAGAAGAGCUAUAUUUUAGAAGAAUUGGAAAGACAGUAAUUAAAUGAAUUUAGUAUA